GGGACAGUGCAAACAGCUACAUCUUCAGUUUGGCCCAGAAUGUGGCCUUUUCAAUAAUACGCUCCACUUGUGACGGUUUGUUGAUCAGGUGAAGCAGAGGGAGCCGAGGAGGAGACUCCGAAGAGGUGCUGCAUGUUUACUUUAUUUCAAACAACUUUUUCAAGUUGCUGAACCUGACAACCUCAAACUGGCUGAAAUGGACGAACAAAGUGUUGAGAGCAUUGCUGAGGUGUUUCGUUGCUUCAUCUGCAUGGAGAAACUGAGGGAUGCACGCCUCUGCCCCCACUGCUCCAAACUCUGCUGCUUCAGCUGCAUUCGGCGAUGGCUGACUGAGCAGAGAGCCCAAUGUCCACAUUGUCGAGCUCCACUGCAGCUGAGGGAACUGGUGAACUGUCGCUGGGCUGAGGAGGUCACUCAGCAGCUGGACACCCUGCAGCUCUGCAGUCUCACCAAACAUGAGGACAAUGACAAAGACAAAUGUGAAAACCACCAUGAGAAGUUGAGUGUUUUCUGCUGGACCUGUAAGAAAUGCAUCUGCCACCAGUGUGCCCUCUGGGGAGGAAUGCACGGCGGCCACACCUUCAAGCCUUUGGUGGAGAUUUAUGAACAGCACGUCACCAAGGUGAAGGAGGAAGUGGGAAAACUGCGCCGUCGCCUCAUGGAGCUCAUUAGUUUGGUGCAGGAAGUGGUGAGGACUUUUUACUUCUUCAUCUUGGAGUAGCUGUUUACCUUUUUUCUGGACAAGCCAUAUAUAUAUCAUCCUAAAAAUAUUUGCUCUCUUUUUCACCUUGAGUUUGUCACUUUGUCUACAUUAAUUAAAUCUUAAAUUUUAACUGCGCUGUAUUUUGUGAUAAAUCAGUAACAACAGUUAUUUUGAAGAACAGCUUGCAGCUUUUAAGUAACUAAGUAAGUAAACUUUAUUUAUAUAGCACCUUUCACAGACAUAAAAAUCACAAAGUGCUUUACAAAAGGAAACACAUCAAUAAUAAAAGAAUCUGAAACCAGUUAAGAAAAUUAACCAAAAGCCAGUCUGAAGAGAUAAGUCUUGAGACUUUUUAAAUGCGUCAGAUGACUUGGAGCAAAAUCGAUAGAGGGAGAGCGUUCCAGAGCCUCGGGGCUCCACCUGAAAUGCUCUAUCAUCACGAGUUUUAAAAUGAGUUCUGGGAACCGACAGCAGCAUCUGAUUAGAAGAGCUCAGAGUCCUGGACGGACAGAGAGGCUUCAGAACGUCCAAUAUAUAUUUGGACCUUAUUAUGAUGCUGACACAUUUAGACUGUAUGGAUCUAAAGAGAUUUUUUUUUAAUUGUUAAAUUGUUGUUUACAGAAUUUUUUAAAAUACCAGACUUGGAAAAACUUUUGCAAUUUAAAUUAAAGUCACAAAGCAGCUAUGUUUUUUCCUCUUCAGAGAGUGUCUUUGAUGGGAGCAUGUUCCUUCUGUCUGUAUGUCACCAAUAAAAUGGUUAAAAACAUUCAAUAUAUGAACUGAUUUUCCGCAAUUGAGCUUAUUUGUAUAAUGUACAGCGUUUUUUUUGUCACCAACUGUGAGUGUAAUGUGUUUCGUGUGCUGAGGAGUGAUCAUAAACGACAGCGAAGAUAUUUGAUGUGAGGCAGGCAGUUCUGUUGCCUCAUGGCAGGGGGAGCUCAUGAUCCCAGACAUUGGUUUUGUGACUCCAUGUCUGCAGAGUAAGAGGCAACGAGCUAGCCAUACAGUAAAUAAGUCAAGGGCAGCGAUAUAUUUAUUGUUUUCU